GACGUGGACAACAUGAAAAUCAGUGUUUUAUGAUUUCGGUCCAGACAUACAUGCAUAAUUAUAUGUUCAGAUGUCCGUGUGUUAAUUAAAUUGGGAAAUUGCCCCCACGGCUUAAGCUUGACGAAGGCUUUUACACCCAGGACGCACGUAUUCUUAUUUUCAUUUUAGUUUUAAAAGUCCGUAACGUCCGCGGCGCAAUGGAGCAUUCAACACACGGUUAUAUCCUCUUAGCAUGGAUGACUGCUGAAUAUUAAAUCUAGCCGACAGUCAACUCCAAGGAAAAUCUAAUACCAAAGCACAACAAUUCGAUAUCGUGAAUGGUCAAUACCCCGAUCUGCAGGAAUUACACGUACAUGUAGGCCACCGGGAGAAAUAUAUAAACCCUGGCACAACUUUCAAUGUAAAGUCGGCGGCUGGAAUCAUCACAAUGAGUAACAGGCGGACAAUGUAUAUCGUUGUACUGGCAGUGCUGGUCGGGUUCAUCUUGGGAUUUCUCUACACUUCUUCUUACUCGCGAUUCAUGAUGACGAACAAGGCACCGUUAUCACAUAAUGUUGUAGUCAACCGACAAAGCUUUGAGCAAAAUGUAAAAGUUCAAGUAAAUGCCAAACAGAGCACCGAUCCCAUAAUUCAAAACGGGCCACUGUUAGUUCGGAGCGAUUUCUGGGGAACUGUGAUUUCUCGGAACGAGUCCGGCUGGUAUAAAAUGGAGAAGUUUUGUGAUCCGAUGGCGAAAUUUGUCCGGACUCAACUGCGUGGACCACAACAAACUCCGAUACACGUGUAUACAGCACAGGAAGACCAAUGGGUUUCCGGAAAUAUCAUUCGACAAGGAAUGUGGGAAGGACAUCUUGUCACGAGGAUACAUAACAUACUAAAAAAUGACCCGGAUGUAGUUUUUGUGGAUAUCGGUGCCAAUGUGGGUGUAUUUUCUCUGACCGUGGCCAAACUAGGACGUCAUGUCAUUGCCGUAGAUGCUCUGGAUGGCAAUGUUGCUCGUUUGUGUCGGUCCGUACAGGACGGGAAGUUAAGCGAUCACAUGACCAUUGUCCAUAAUGCGUUGUCAUAUCAACGGGAAAAAGUGGCACUUGGAACUCAUAAAAAAAAUGUAGGCGGGACUUACGUCAAAAAACUAGAAAAAUUAGGACUCGAUAAGAGUGGUCAACAAGCGCUAAUAGUGGACGCUAUACUUCUGGACGAUUUGUUAGAAAUAUUUAACAUCAAAAGGGCAGUUAUAAAAAUGGACGUAGAGACGUUUGAAGCCAAUGUCUUAAAAGGAGGUGAAAAAUUCUUUAAAAAUGUGAAGGUAGAGUACUUGCUUAUGGAGUUUGUAUCUCAUAGAGGAAAGGAAAGCGGGAAUUUCAUAGUGGAUUUUUUGAGAAAUCAUAGCUUAAUUUCUGAAAAUCCUAAUAAGAACCACGCCACGUGGUCCGGGGAGGUGAUGUUCAAGAGAGUGUCAUGAUUUCUCCCACCUACUCCACGCUCAUACAACAACGAUCUCGUCUCUUCAGGUCCGACUCUAGAGUGAUAUACACCCUGAAUCCUGAAAAAUACUAGCAUAUCAAGUAAAUUUUAUAAUGUGUGUAGUUCAUGUAAACUAGAAAGUACAGACAAUUUUUCUCGUCAUAUUACAAAUUUCACUUGUCAAUUUUGAGAUACUGUGUUAGAAAUAUCAUUAAAGAAAUGAAGCAAAAAACAUUUACACUGUAUACUUGCAGAUGUUACAAUAAUUAAAUUGGUAUACUAGGGGGAACACACACAGAGAGAUAGAUAGACAGAGAAAUACGAUCUCUUACUCGAAAUUCAUCAAUAUUCCAAUUUAAUAUAAAUGUCAAAUUUGUAUUAUCGGAAUAUUUAAACCGUUCAUUGAUUGUUAGCAUCACUUUCACGCGCACUAAAGCGUACAAUUAUAAUAGUCCUGACUAAAAACCCAUCGAAAGGCAAUAAACGUUCUGAUUGGUUCACCUUUGUCACAGCCUGUGUAUGGUGCAGGGUAGAGGAGGACUGAAGCGAAGGAAGCAGGGAGGAAAAUUGUAUUCUACUAGACAUUAUAUAUAAUGUGAAUUUGGAAGUAAAAAUCAAUUUCACGUUCAAAUGCAGUUUAAUAAAUUCUCCCAAACCAAUAUUGGUACGUGAGGUACAACAGUAACUCAUAUAUAUAUAUAUAUAUAUAUAUAUAUAUAUAUAUAUGACAUGACAAAAAGUUAAUAUAGAUCUGGGAAUAAAGGAGAGCAGACAACAUCAUAAUGUUCAAAAUAAACAUUUUUUCAUUUUUUCUUUCUUUUUGAGUUGACAUAAUUAGUCCUAUGAAGUUUUAAAAUAACAUUAGAUUAUUGGUAGUAAUAAUUGCCCAGAUAAUCUUAUCUAAUAUCAAUUAAUGCUUUACAUUCUACAGUGGAAUUCGUCAGCAAUUUGAGCAUUGUUACACAGAGUGCAUCCCACGCCAUAUCUCAAUCUCCACCGGUAGGCGAUAAUCUUAGAAUUUCGGAGAUAACAUAUUCAUAGAGUUUUCAGAACCAACUUUUUAUGUCCAGCCAUGAAUAUGGCCUGGGAAGAUGGUGUUUGUCAUGUCCAUCUUCCAUCCUUCUGUCAUCCCGGUACACCACAGGCACUUGUUUCAUACAUGGGCCCCUCCUUAAUAAUACUGUGGUAUUAUUAAGGAGGGGGCCCAUGUAUGAAAUAAGUGCCUGUGCGUCAAAAUUUGCGUUUAGCUCAGUUUCAAGGAAACUACUCAAGCUAUUUUUAUCAAACCUUACAUGCUGAUACAUAUUGGUGACAUCUAUUCAACUGCAUCAAUAUUUUUUUUACCUUGGCAUUUCCUUUGACCUUGACCUCACUUUUCCUUCUUUUGUGUUUAACUUAAUUUCAGAGAAACUAUUGACAAUAUUUUUAUGAAAACUCUUACAUUGUACUAUACUUGUGGAACGAGGAAUACAUUAAUGAUUACGAGACAUUUAUGUAAUUCAUUCAUGAAGAAAUAAAAAACUCAAGUCAACAUGGAUAAAAAUGUUUUGAAAAAUUCAGUAAUAAAUUAUCCAAGCAACUUCAUAAAAAGAGGAAAAAUUAACACCAAAGCAUUUAAAAAAAAAAAACGAAUUUAAAUUCAUACAUCUACUUCAAGACAAGUAGGAAUAUGCAGAAAAUACAAAAAUAACAGCAGGGCUUUCUCAAUCGGGAAUCCACGUUGUGGUAUUCGUACUAGGGUUUAAGGUGGCUCACUACACCCAGAAAUAGUUUCUCAAAUCAGUACGAAUUGAUUUAAUCAUAAAAGAUAUGAUGAUAUAUAAUAAAAAAGCAGAAAAUAUGCAGAUUUGGAUAAAAAUAUUUUCAAAAAUUAACACAUAUGAACAAAAGACUCAGCAUGGCAGAUUUGAACUCGAGAUCUGCGAUUCACCAGGGGCCAGUUUCACAAAACUAACUUACGACUAAGAUCUAACUUAAGACAUAAAUUUUUCCUAAGUUCAUUCCUUAUCCGUUUCACAAAAAGUGUCGUAUCUUAGGAUUUUCAUAAGUUCUUUCGUAACUUUACGAAAGGUAAGUAGGUGUCUUAAGUUCAAACUAAAUAUGGUGGCGGCCUUUAUUUUGCUAUGUCGUCGUCAACUUAGACGAGAAAGGCAGUUCAGAGAUGGAAACAAUCCUUUAGAUUAUAUGAACGACAUGGAGAUUGUUUCAAAAUUUAAACUACCACUUCAUUUGAUCAUCGACUUAUGCCAAAUGAUGGAAAACGAUUUAAAAAAGACCCACUCGUAGGUCCCAAUCAUUGCCAACAUUGUUACAAGUCAUGGCUGCCCUCAGGUUUUAUGCCACGGGGAAUUUCCAUUUAGUGACUGCUGAUCUUCACGGCAUCAGUAAGUCCAACGUUUCCAGAAUAGUUCGAGACGUUUCUUCUUUACUUUCAAACAUGAUCCCUAACUACAUCAAGAUGCCAGAAGGAGAUGCAGAGGGCUUAGUGGAACUUGAAGGUUCCUUAUCGAGAGUAUCAACCCCACCCGAAAUCCCAGAAACGCACGUGUUUCCAAUUAUAGCUUGUCCUCUAUUGGAGUGAUUUCUACUUCUCUGGGCAGGGGGUCAUCGCCAGGUUUUCGUUGUUCUCGUCUAUUCAACGCUAUAUCCCUUUUCGUAUCGCUCGUUAAGCAGCUCCAUGUAUAAUAUACACUUCUGUGAAUACAAUCCUUUUGCAUACAAGACAACCAAACACAACUUUGGUGUAAGUCAGGCAAGCUUGUCGGGCAGCCGACGUUUAAUAACUUUACAGCAAAUUUACUACAUACAUGUUAACUGACGUGAACAAGUGUUAUGCAAGUGCUGAAUCAAAUAACAAAAUGUCAAGAAACCCCCAUUAUUGACGUUAAAAACCGCCCAGGAAAAACCAUAGAUAAAAUAUUUGAAAAAACUAUGGAAACCUGUGUCCGAAAGCAAGUGUUAUGUAACGUCUAAGAGUGAAUAUCGGACCUUAUCCAUAAUUAAAUAUGAUAAUAAAAAAUUGUGCUACGUGCACUUCGUGAGACUGGCUUAGAAUGACCUUACUCAUGAUAUCGACACUUUAUAUAGGCCUUCCUAUGGCCACGCCUUGUAUUACUACGCAUAGGCAUUCGAACACGUUCCUAUCAUACAACGUUUUCCCUCUAUUCUUCGAAACGCGGGAAAACUACAUUCUUUUUUAGCUCAUCAACUGUCCUUUCAUGGGAGGUAUUAACUGCGUUUACCUUUGCUGUCAUUUCUUCCCAUUGUAUUUUUUUAGCUGAAUUUGUAACGCUGGAGUUCUGUUUGGAAAUAACACUUCUUUUCUUUUUUCUACCUCCUCAGUUAAAUCUAUUUCUGCCGUUGAGGUAUUAGGAUUUCUUUUUGACUCCGUCAUGUUUACAUUUCGAGCACGGCAUGGGUUGUGUGGCUCGAUUUAUUCGUUGAAUUGGAUAGUGAGUUGAACAAUAAAAUCAUUGAAACAUGACAGACCGUCAGUUAUUGGAAAUGUGUUGAAUUUCUACAUGUAGUUGCAAUAUCGGACUGAAACAGGUGAUAGCGGAAACAUGACAGACCGUCAGUUAUUGGAAAUGUGUUGAAUUUCUACAUGUAGUUGCAAUAUCGGGCUGAAACAGGUGAUAGCUCCCCCCCCCCCCCUCUCUGAAACUAUGUACUAAUGUCACACUUAAUUGCUUGUAGUGUGUAUCUAUUAAGGUUUUCUAUCAAUUAUCUUUUUCAAUGAUUAAUUUACACAAGCUGUUCAUUCACUACCGGUAUUUAAACUGUAAAUGCAAAAUCUGAAAACACUGAUUUAAGAUAUAUCUUAGGAAAAGAGAUUUCUUAUAAACGUUUCGUGAAACAGUUGUGGAUAUUCUUAGGAAAUUCGUAAGUUAGAACUUAAGAAUAUCUUACGACAUAUCUUAAGAUAUAUCUUAGGAAAGUUUUAUGAAACUGGGCCCAGCCCAAUGUUGUUGUUGUUUGUUUUUUUUCGGAAACCAGCCCAAUGCUUUAACCAACUGAGCUGCAAUGAUAAACAAACAAAUGGAUUGAUACCAAUAAUUUCAUAAAACAUUUAAAUCUUAAACUGAUGGUGAACUCAUUGUGAGUUGUUUACAAGUAAUAUCACACAUUUAAAAAACCAUUUCAAACCCUCUCCCUUGUUAAAUCUAAUAUAUUAUUUCUAUGACAAAGUGAAAUGUUCUAAUUAAAAAAUGUCACUUUUUUCAAUUUUCGUUAUCUUUAAACUUUUUUUUACUUAAGUAUCACCCAUUCAUUUCACUCUGGAUAUUAUUCAAAUUUACCAAAAUUCUAAGAAAAACGCUAUAAAGAAAAUGAAAAUUUUGGCAUUGGUUAAAUGUUGUGUGACAAUUUUGAUGUUGAUUAGAUUUGAAUUUAAUUUAAUUUAAACUAUAUUUUAUUCACAAAGUGAAUGGGAUCGGGCAGCAGACAUAGCCUAUUAAAGCCCUCUCCCUACAAGAAGGUCAAGUGUGAAAUGGAAAUACAAGGCACACACAUAUACAAUUAAAUUACAUAUACACCAGAGAACAGUCACAUGAAUGUGCACAUAUAUAUAUAAAUAGGCAAUAGCAAUAGAUAGACUAAGAAAAGUUUCGAUAUAUAUAGAUUUGAAUUACGUAGUUAUUGCAUAUACAUCGUGUCUUCUUUUUUUCCUCUAUAAUACUUUCUAUUUAUUUCGGAAGACAUUUUUAAAUUCUUAAAAGAUUAUAAAAUCUAUAAAGUCAAUAUUUCGAUGUUUCAUAUGUUUACCUUUACCUUUCACUGUUCUAUGUAAUUCAUUAUACCGCCAUUUUACCAGUCUUCUCGAACGUUAUUUCUUUUCUGCAAUUUCAUUGGUUAUGAGGUUUAAUGCUGGCUUUUCAGAUUGAGCGUUUAGUUUUAGUAUUUAAUAAAUAUAUUGGUUUGCCAGUCUUAUAUAAAGCGUAGCACGAUGGAGAUUCGUUCUCUCUCUCUCUCUCUCUCGUAAAACUAACGUAGAGUUAAGGAUCAGACUUUAGGAGUUAGAUUUUUGACAAAAUGUACUUAUAUCCUAGCAGAGUCAAGGUUCAGGGUAGAAUUAGAUAUUCCUUAAUUCCUUACCUAAAUAUUUUUCAUAGUCAAUAGUUAUAUAUUUGGGCUACCUCAUCAUUUAUAUUCAGACCUGAACUGUAUUAGCGGUGUGUAGGGGCACGCUGGUGCAGUAUUACUGACUAAAUUACUGUAUGUGUUUGACAGUGUAUGGAGACUUGUUAGUGUAUUUUUCUUAUUUUACGGUACAUAUUUUUUGUAAUUCUGGUCUUUUAUUUUGGGUAAAUUUUACAUUCCGCUUUGGUUAUAAUCAUAUUCAUCCAUUUUCUUUGGAUUAUUUAUUAUCAGCUAUUCUUAAACCAUAUUUACUUAUGCUAUAAUAAAUUUGGAAACUUUA